AUCUACACGAGGACGUUACGAACACUUGUAACUUGAAAACAGCAAAUCUUUCACAAUGGGGAAGUUGGCUGUGAUAGGGAUUCUUACUUUAUUUUUAUUUUACAUAGUUGCAGGACGCCCAGUAACAGAUGUGCCAAACGGCGAAAACGGUAAUGAAAACGAUACUGAUAACGAUACUGAUACCGAUAGUGAAAAUGGAGAUGAUGUGACGUCAGAACAAACUGAAGGUGUGCAGCCAACACAAUCAAAUAACGGUGUUCCGACAACAACAGAUACUAACGGUGAUCCGACAACACAAUCAUAUAACGGUGCGCCGCCAACAAUAUCAAACAACGGAGUGCCUACAACAAUAUCAAAUAACGGUGCACCGCCGCCAACAUCAGCAAAUUUAUACAGUCACCUAGUACAAUCAAAUAAAGUUGCACCAAGAGGAAGGAUGUUUAAACUUUACAAGUAAUAGUUUUUUUUCUAAAAAGCUAGCCGGGUUAUAUUUAAUAAAAGUGGAAAGUGUUUGCCUGUUAUAGAUGAAUUCAUUCAGAACAGCCUUAAAUACAAAUUUUACCAAACACGUUAUUAAGCAGUAUACCUUUAAAUGUUGGAUGUGAAAUAAUGUCCUUGUCGGAUGGAUCCUUCAAAGCUUAACAUACUAGAUUGACACCAUCUUUUGUGAGAUACCGUUCCUUUAAAAUGCCAAUAGUAUUUUCAUAUAUAAAAUUUAUAAUUUUCUUUUAAUUAUCUGUCUAAUAAAGGGUAAUAAACUUCAAACAUAUACAGGAAGUUUGUUUUUGACCCUGAGUAUUGUUUCAAAUUAAAAUAUUCAUUUUUUGCAUAAAACAUGUUAUUUUGGCUUACAUGUAUUCGCAACUAUUCUAUACUAGUAUAUCAU